GGGACACAACUCCGUUGAACAAUCUUGGGGUUCAAAGUUCAUCAUGGCGGUGUCCAGAGGUGUGUCAGGUGUGUUCAUUGUUGCUGCAAGGAGAACAGCAUUUGGAACAUAUGGAGGGAAACUGAAGGACUUCACAGCGACCGACCUUGGCACAAUAGCAGCUCAGGGAGCUCUGGCAGCCGGAGGAGUCAAACCUGAACUUAUCAACUCCAUUACUUUUGGAAAUGUUAUUCAGUCUUCAGCAGAUGCAGCAUAUAUCGCCCGUCACAUUGGUCUGCGAGUUGGUGUUCCCACUGAAGUGCCUGCCUUGACUGUCAACAGACUCUGUGGAUCUGGUUUCCAGGCUGUCGUUAAUGGAGCUCAGGAGAUUGAGCUUGGAGAGAGCAGCAUUGUGCUGGUCGGAGGAUCUGAGAACAUGACUCAGGCUCCAUACGCUGUACGUAACAUCCGCUUAGGGACUCGACUUGGAUCCGACAUCAAGUUGGAGGACACGCUGUGGGCAGGCCUGACUGACAUGCACAUCAAGACACCCAUGGGCAUCACCGCUGAGAACCUGGCAGUCAAGUACAACAUCUCAAGGGAGGAAUGUGACAACUUCGCUCUCGCCUCACAAACACGCUGGCAGAAGGCUUUUGAAGAAGGAGCAUUCAAGGCUGAAGUUGUUCCAAUGAAAGUUAAAGGAAAGAAAGGUGAGGAGGUGUUUGAGCGAGAUGAACACCCCCGGCUUGUGAGUCCAGAAGCACUGGCUAAACUACCUCCUGUUUUCAAGAAAAAUGGCACAGUUACUGCAGGAAAUGCAUCUGGUGUAUGUGAUGGAGCUGCAGCCCUCAUCCUGGCAAGUGAGGCAGCUGUGAAGCAACACAACCUCACUCCACUGGCUCGGCUUGUGUCCUACGGGAUCUCAGGUUGUGACCCCAAUAUUAUGGGUAUUGGUCCUGUUCCAUCAUCUAAGGCAGCUCUCAAGGCUGCAGGGAAGGAAUUGAAAGACAUGGAUCUCACAGAGGUGAAUGAAGCCUUUGCUGCCCAGUCCUUAGCUGUGAUAAAAGAGCUGGGUUUGAACCCAGAGAUCACCAAUGCUUGUGGUGGAGCUAUAUCCUUGGGACACCCUCUUGGAUCCUCUGGAGCCAGGAUAACAGCUCACCUUGCACAUGAGUUGGGGAGGAAAAACGCAAGAUUUGCUUUAGGAAGUGCCUGUAUUGGAGGUGGGCAGGGAAUUACUGUCAUCUUGGAGAAGGCAUAACAGAAUCAUGAUACAUGCGUGUUUUAAGUGGACAUAUGAAUGAGACAAUAUUAAUGAUAUCAAACCUUGAUACCAUCUAAUUAUUUGUGAAUGCUGUGUUAUGAGCAUGUGUUGUCAUCAAUAAGACUUGUCCUUGGUGUUGACAUGUACAUGGAUCUGUUAUUUGUUAAUAAGUAAACAUUGUAAAGAACCACAACAUCCCAUGAGCGUCUGAAUAGUUGUCUAAGUGAUCAUCUUGGCAGUGUGAAACAAAUCUUACCUCAUGCCAGCUGCAACACUAUAAUUAUCUAUGGUCUACAUUUUCUAUAUCACUGUUUAUUAAAUUGUUUUGAUAUCC